CGUUACCACAAGAACUGGCCUCGGUCUGGGAGGCGUAUCCCUUCACGUUCGGCAGCGGCUUCUGCUACAUCAAGUCCUACGUAUCCGAGCUGACCGCCUACGCCUCAGUCCUGACGAUCACAGCCUUCACCAUAGACCGGUACGUGGCCAUCUGCCACCCGCUACGGUCCCAGGCUUUAUCCAGCCUCUCCCGGGCCGUCAAGAUCAUCAUCUUCAUCUGGAUCGUCUCCAGCGCAUGCGCCCUGCCUUACCCGAUCCACACCCGGUUGUUCUACGAAGUCCGGGACCCGUGUACAAGCGAGCCGCUGCCUGAUUCCCUGCUGUGUAACAUCCCGGAACGGUUCCGGCACAGGAUGAAGUUCAUGUUCCAGUUCUCGACGUUCGCCUUUUUCGUGAUUCCGAUGAUCACCAUUACAAUCAUGUACAUCCUGAUCGGACUGGCCCUUAUGAAAACUGACCAGUUCGCGAAUGGCAAGAAAAACAAGCAGGCUGUUCUUUCUGCCGUCAAGACCAGGAAUGCGGUUCUCAAAAUGCUUGUGGCUGUCGUCAUUGCCUUUUUCAUCUGCUGGGCACCGUUUCACACCCAGCGGCUGUUGACCAUCUACAUCCCGACUGAUGCCUGGACGGAUACCAUGAUGACCAUCCAGACCAACAUUUUCUACACAUCAGGGGUGUUGUACUUCUUCAGCUCCACCAUCAACCCCAUCCUCUACAACGUCAUGUCGCACCGCUACCGCAAGGCUUUCAAGCGCACGUUGUACAAGUGCAUCAAAGGGAAGAGCUACGAGUACAGUGAGACCAGCAUAUUCAGGUCGACCCCCCAGGGGACGGCUGUCACUGUCUACACCAACCACAGGCUGCUAGUCAAAGACAGAUCUGCCAAGAACGGAGACAUAGAAAUGAACAGCUCCACCGUCUGAUCUAACCUACUCCACCGGCGCUCCACUGGGUGGAUUAUUUAAUAAGUCAUUUUUAAUGACUUCUUGACUUAGAAUCAAACGAUA